CAAUGAGAUGCGAACUAAAGGCACACCGGGAACUAAGUGAAGGGGACGUAGGAGUGAACCGGGAGGGGGCUUGCGAUCUAAACUGUGGGGAGAUCUCGGGGUCUCAUUCAGCCGGGAGACAGCUGCUGUCACUGCUGUCGCCCAGGCCUCCUCCGCGCCUGCUACCUUCUCGCGAUCGCCGCUGCCCAGCCUGCGCAGCCUUGCACUCCCGCUCCCUUCGCUGCCGCCACCUCCUCAGCCCGAGCCUCGGCGACCCAAGUAUCCGUGAGUCAUUUUUUUCUGCCCUUCUCUGGGCGCGCGGUCUCGGCGGUAGUUGCCACCUUAAAAGGUUUUUGCAGAUUUGCAAAAUGGCAGAAGCAGAUCCUAAAGUGGUCUCAGGACCUGCCGCCCAGGGGGUUGCCGAAGAGGUGAUGGCUAGCUCGCCCAGUGAUCGCGGGGAAGAGUCUGACAGCAGUAGCUCUAGCAGCAGCACUGGGUGCAGCAGCAGCCGCCGCUUCUAUAGAAAGAAGAGGGUACCUGAACCUUCUAGGAGGGCGCGGAGGGCUCCAUCGGGGACCAGUUUCGUGGAGCGGCUGCCUCGGGCAGUUCGAAAUCGUGUACAGGCACUCAGAAAUAUUCAAGCGGAGUGUGACAAGGUAGACGUGCUAUUCUUAAAGGCAAUUCACGGUCUCGAAAGAAAAUACGCUGAACUCAAUAAGCCUCUCUAUGAUCGGCGAUUUCAAAUCGUAAACGCAGAAUAUGAACCCACCAAAGAAGAAUGUGAAUGGAAUUCCCAGGAUGAGAUGUUCAGCAGCGAUGAGGAGGUGCAGGAAGACAGCCCUAGCGAGAUGCCUGCCUUAGAGGGUGAGGAAGACCCUAAACAAAAACCCGAGGUGAAGGCUGAAGGAAAUGAGGUUCCUAAAGAAAUUCCGGAGGCAAAGGCUGACGAAAAAGCAGAGUCUAAAGACCUUCUGGAGGCAAAGCCUGCAGUGAAAGAAGAGCCUAAAGAAGUCCCCCAGGCAAACGCAGGCGGUACAGAACAGCCGAAAGCAGCAGACGCUAAGGCAAGGGCUGCAGCGAAAGAGGCUCCUAAGCGAGUCCCCGAGGUCAGGCCUAAAGAAAGGCUGAAUCUCAAAAGAGCUAGAAAGGGAAAGCCCAAAAAGGAAGACCCUAAGGGCAUCCCUAACUAUUGGCUGACUGUGUUAAAGAAUGUUGACAAGCUGGGGCCCACGAUUCAGAAGUACGAUGAGCCCAUUCUGAAGUUCUUGUCAGAUAUUACCCUGAAGUUCUCGAAACCUGGCCAGCCUCUAAGUUACACAUUUGAUUUUUAUUUUCGGCCCAAUCCCUACUUCACGAAUGAGGUGCUGACCAAGACAUACAUGAUAAACUCAAAGCCCGAUCACAAUGAUCCCUUCUUCUUUUGGGGAUGGGAAAUCCACGAUUGCAAAGGCUGUAAGAUAGACUGGAGAAGAGGAAAGAAUGUGACGGUGACGACCACGCACAGUCGCACCACUGCCGCGGGAGACAUUGAAAUCCGGCCAAGGGUGGUUCCAAAUGCAUCAUUCUUCCAUUUCUUUAGCCCUCCUGAGAUCCCUAACAUUGGAAAGCUGGAACCACGAGAAGAUGCUAUCCUUGAGGAGGACUUUGAAAUUGGUCAAAUUUUACACGAUAACGUCAUCCUGAAAUCAGUCUAUUACUAUACAGGAGAAGUCAAGGGUGCCUAUAAUAAAGGAAAAGAUUAUGGAAACAGGAAAUACCGGAAAUAAAGAGGCUGCCUGAAAGAAAGAUCAAGAUCUCAAAAGUUCAAGAAGUAAGGCAGGUUUACAGAGCUGUGAAAUAAAGCCUGUCCUGUAACCUCAUUAUCACUAUUCCUUACAGUCUUGUGUUUUUGUACUUUCUUGGUAGUCUAAAAAAAUUGUGUUAAAGUGUCUAAGUAUCAAUUUAUUCUAUAUAGCCUAUUGAAGUGUAAUAUUCUUCAAAACCUGUAAACUGCUGUCAGUUAUUUAAAGCAUGUUCAUUUGGUGCUACAAAGUUUUGAUUUUUGUGAAAUCCUGUUGUCAUGUUCCUAGUAGAAUGUAUCUGUGACAGCUGUCAGAAUUGUGAACUGACACAAAUAUUUGCCUGAACAAAACAAAGUUCCUCAAGUACCAAUGCAAGUGUUAUUUUUUUCCAGCCUAGAAGACUAAGGGUUUAAAUCUGCUUGCACUAGCUGUGCCUU